AAGAAGCCAUGCAAGUGUCCAUAGCCUGCACUGAACACAACUUGAAGGGCCGGAAUGGAGAUGACAGGCACAGCAAGCAGAACUCUAGUGGCCCUGUGGUCAAUGCUGCCAGGGCCAGGUUCCGUACUGUGGCCAUUAUUGCAAGAAGUCUGGGCACCUUCACCCCUCAGCAUCACAUCUCUCUGAAGGAAUCCACAGCAAAGCAGACUGGCAUGAAAUAUAGGAAUCUUGGAAAAUCUGGACUCCGAGUGUCUUGCCUAGGACUUGGAACUUGGGUUACAUUUGGAGGCCAAAUUUCUGAUGAGGUGGCAGAGCAACUAAUGACAAUUGCAUAUGAAAAUGGAGUAAACCUCUUUGAUACAGCAGAGGUUUAUGCAGCUGGAAAGGCAGAAGUCAUCUUGGGAAAUAUCAUCAAGAAAAAAUGCUGGAGGAGAUCAAGUCUGGUCAUCACAACCAAAUUAUACUGGGGAGGAAAAGCGGAAACAGAAAGAGGUCUUUCAAGGAAGCACAUAAUUGAAGGAUUAAAGGGCUCUCUGCAGAGGCUGCAGCUGGAGUAUGUGGAUGUGGUGUUUGCAAACCGACCAGACAAUAAUACCCCAAUGGAAGAAAUUGUCAGGGCAAUGUCCCAUGUAAUUAAUCAAGGAAUGGCAAUGUACUGGGGGACAUCACGCUGGAGUGCGAUGGAAAUUAUGGAAGCAUAUUCAGUAGCCAGACAGUUCAACCUUAUACCACCAGUUUGUGAACAAGCAGAAUAUCAUCUAUUUCAAAGAGAGAAGGUGGAAAUCCAACUGCCUGAGUUGUAUCACAAAAUAGGUGUUGGUGCAAUGACGUGGUCACCCCUUGCCUGUGGCAUUAUCUCUGGAAAAUAUGAGAAUGGGGUACCUGAAAGUACACGUGCAUCACUAAAGUGCUACCAGUGGUUGAAGGACAAAAUACUGAGUGAAGACGGUCGGAAACAACAAUCCAAACUGAAAGACUUGGUACCAAUAGCAGAGCGUCUUGGGUGCACUUUGCCACAGCUUGCAGUAGCUUGGUGCCUGCGUAAUGAAGGAGUCAGUUCUGUCCUGUUAGGUUCUUCCAAUCCAGAACAACUUGUAGAAAAUCUGGGAGCUAUUCAGGUUCUUCCAAAGAUGACAUCACAUAUUGUGAAUGAAGUUGACAACAUUUUGGGAAACAAGCCAUACAGCAAAAAGGACUACAGAUCAUAACCCACUGCAUGAAGUACGGACUGCAUGGUUAUACUACUGCCCUGUAUAUAGUACUGGAAGCCGAUGUUUAAUGGAUUCCCUUGCUCCAGUACUUGUCAUGAUCGGAGAUUGCUACCACUUGACUCCUAAAAUUAGAAGCACAUAUGAGAAACUCUAAAGUUUGACUAUUCUUUGUUCCUGUUUCUUAACAUUUAACAACUUCAUGCAUACUGCUUAUGCAUGGAUAUUAAGAAAGCCUUUUUAACAUGGCAGGAGAGGUUCUAGGACUUUUCGAAUGGAAAGAUUUUAAAGAAGACGGUUGUAAUAUGCAAUAUGUUUUAUUACUAGAUUGUUGUCCUUCGAGGUCAGUAGGGGAAAUACAUUAUAUAUUAUAUCAGGAAAUAGUUUUACAAAACUAUGCAUCAGCCUCAGAUAUGGUUAUUAAUACUUAUUCUUUUCAUUUGAAAAAAAAAA